AUGUGUCAUACCAGGCGAGGAGCAGGGUUAGCCCGGGACAGCUGGUCAAACCCCGAGAAACCGAUCCGGUGGAGCCCGAGCACAUCUCCCCCGCCGGCCGGGCUCGCGCAGACGCCCGCGGGCGGAGGGCGGGCUGGCGGCGGCGGCGGCGGCGAGCGCGUGUGCGCGCGCGCGCGGGCUGGCGGGCGCGUGUGCGCGUGUCUGCGCGCUCAGCCGCUCGGCGCGCUCGGCAAUCGAUUACAGGACAAGUGCUGCCCCGGAGGCUCCGCGACGCGCGCACUCCCUGGCGCCCACCCGCGCGCCCGGCCGUGUCGCCCCCAGCCCGUUGGUCCCCGGACUGCGGACCCCGCCCCCGACGGGGGCCAGGUAACCCGCUUCCGAGUGUGCCACGGCGACCCCCAUUCCCCCUCCCCGUGUCAUAAUAAGUCUCACGUUUUCUGCCGGCUGGAGGCUUGGAGCGGUGAGAAAAUGGUAGAUGGUGUGAUACAGCAAACAAGAUUAACAAAUUUUCAUUGGAGAGAAAUUAUUUGGACUCAGGCUUGCAAUAAUAUUAUGAUGAUUUUAAGAAAAAUUGCAGUUCCUGUGAGUUAUAUAUUGGUUAUGGUGUAUCUAACUCAUCCAGAGAAAUCAAGAUUAUGUUUUCAUACCAAGAUUGGGUUUUAUUUCAUGCCUGUGGAGUCUAUAGUCCUAAGAUUCACAAUGCAGUCCCCUCAUGGGAAAGAACCCUUGCAUAAACUGUAAUUCACUUUGUUCAGAA